UUUUCCUUCAUGAAGAGACAAACUUUUGAGGCUGAAAAUGAGAGCGCUGGUAAUCCUUCUGACAAUAAGCGUCCUUCAGAUUUCACAAUGUGUUGUGCGAGUUUCGGACAGCGGGUACAGUUUCUCCCUGGAGGCAGUGAAGACCCUGAAAAAGCUUAUGGAGUUUGACACCAGCACAAACCCGUCACAGACCUACGGCAACGCAGAGUCCCUGUGUGCCGACCCUGACCUGCCACGAGAGUUCAGAGAGCUGUGUGGAAAACAUAACGUCAAUCAAGUCUUCCAAAAUCUGGUGAGAAUCAUCAGUCCUAUAGACCCCUGUGAGAUCUGUGCCAACGUGGCCUGCACCGGCUGUUAACCCUGCACACGGAGACCUCCAGUUCAGGACUCUAUCAGUGCUGUCAAACAUGCACCAUCACUAGACACAACAUUUUUUGUAUUUAAUUUUUCACCACCAAGAGAAACGUAUAUUUAAGCGAGUUUUAUCAAAUGUUUGGGCUGCAUGGUACAAAUAAUUUUUAGACUAACGGAUACUGCCACCUAGUGAAUCUAUUAUGUGUGUUACAGAGAGACCUUUUUAGGACAGAUAUAUUAGAGUAGGAUUAACCCUAUAAGUCAUUACACUGUAACAAGCACACUGUAAAAUAAUGUAACCCAACUUUACAUUGUUGCAUUGUACGUUUUCUUAAAAUACACUGUAAAAAAUCCUUGGCUACAUGCAUUUGUAUAACUACAAGCAUCUGAACACUAACCCUGCAUUAGUAACAUGUUGUUACUGUAUCAUAACACGGUAAUUACACUGCAACAAACACAUUUUAUAAUAAUGUAACCACUUCAUUUUAUAGUGUCCUUGAAUGAACAAUAACUCUAUACAAUGUUGUAAUAACUGUAAAGUAACGCAGUAGCUGCACUGUAAUAAGCUCAAAGUAAAACAAUGAGAAGCUUUAUUUAAACUUGUAUCAUACAGUUAUAACACUGUAACAAGCAUAUUAGAAAAUUACACACACACAGCACACAUGCGUACACUAAUAACAGUAAAUUGUGCAUAACAACUUCUAACAUUUAGCCCUAAUAUGAUACAUGUUGUAACAUUAUACCGUAAUGCAGUAAUAACACUAUAACAAGGACACAAAGUGUAUCCCAUUUUACUUUACAACAUAAUUCAAUAUUAUAAUUUUCUUUGGGACAUGUUUCUUGUACUUACUGCAGUAUAUUAUGUUCGAAGUUCUAAGGGGUAGAAUAUUGUAUAGUGUAAUAGAUAUUAUCCAGGUUAUGAAAUAAAGAAAAUAUUCUGUGGUCUGGAAAUGAUUUUAAAUAAAAUGAUU